AUGAGUAAAUUCACUCGGCCCACAUUCAAUGUCGAUGACGACGAUCUAGAGAGGCUCCAGAAAGAGUUUUUCGAAAAGGAAACAAUGCCUUCAGCUCGAGUGUAUCGCACCAAUGCACCACCUUCAUUUGACAAGCAACCAGAGAAGAAGAAGAAGCGUAGUCUCUUUGCUGAGCGGUUAGCUAAUACAAGUGGCAGCGGCAGCAGUAAUCCAGUCGAGUCAUCGAUGCCAGACUUGGAAAUGCCAUCAUUAGAGGAAGCUACGCCCGCACUGGAAAGCGCCAGAACUGUGGUGGAAGACGAGCAAGAGGACGAAUACGAGCCUGUCAUGGACCCUCAUCCUGAGCCUCAUGUGCCAGUCAGCAAAAAGAUGAUAGAUUUGACAUCCCUGCUGGGCCAAGUGCUGGGCGAAAUCAAAGAGCAUGAUGUGAAGCAGGUAAUUGCACCUACAUUACCAUCCGUGGUAGAGAACAAACCUGCCAGAGGACAAGUCAAUGGAUUCCCAAAGCCUGUACAUCGCAGUGAAUUCAAAAAGAGACUAGAAGCACAACGCAACAAAUCAGCAUCUGGAUCAGCAAAGGCACCUCGACCUGAAGCACCACCUCAAGUCAUAUCAGAAGAGCCCUUGGAUGAAAAUGAUAGACGCAUUCAGGAGAUGUCUCAGCAGGAAUUGGAGGACGCUCGCCAGGAGAUCAUGAACACGUUGAGUCCAGAGUCCAUUGCAUUGCUCAUGAAGGGACUAAAGAACAAGGGCGACUCAGCAUCAGCAGCAAUCAAGCAAACAAAGAAGGUGUCUUUCGAAGAGCCUCAAACAAGAGACAAGGAGGCAGAUGAUGAUAAAGAGGAUUUGUUACAGAUCAAGAAGGAAUACUUUGCCAAUGUGCCCUUGGAGAACGAAAAGCUGGCUUGGAUCGACAACCGCUUUUUGACAUCAGAGAUCAGACAGCAGGAAGCGCAACGGCUGAAGGAAUUAGAAGAGGAGAACAGCGGCUCUCAAGCAAGUGAAGUGGAGAAGGUGUAUCGCAAAGUGCGCUUUGAUCUGCAAGGCCGUAUCAUUGACCAGACACAGGACAUUCCUCGUCAUAAAGGACUGCAUCACCAUGGAGACGAACCUGAUAAAGCAGGAUACACAUUGGCUGAAUUGUUCUAUCUCGUUCGUAGUCAAGUGCCCUCACAACGAUCUAUGGUGUUGACGAUGCUUGCUCGCAUUAUUACACUCGCCAAGAAAGCAGCAUCCACCGAGCCUGUAUGGAAUCAUGUGCUGUCUGUAUUUACUGGAAAAGAACACACUGCCGCCAUUUACCUUCGCUCUGCUCUGGAUGACCGCAACUUGAUUGUGUUAGUAAGUGCCAUCAAAGCCUUGGCUGCUCUUGUGUUGGAUGACUACCAGGUAUGGGAGGCGUCAUUGAUUGAUUCGACUGAAGAAUUCAACAAGUUUCUGGGUCAUAUCGCUCGUCCUACCUUGCCUCCCGGUGUGACAGAGAUCAAACGCAAAGGCCUUAAUGACAAGUUGACUGAAUUGGUAGAUCGCGUACGUCAGACAUCAGGUCAACCUUCCUUGAAAGAGCAGCAAGAUGACGCGGCAUUGGCUGAACGGGAUCUGAUGCGUGGUCUGGUCAAGAUGGAUCUACUGGCUCGUAUUCGUUAUCUGUUGGCAUCGGAUAGCAGCGAAUUGAUCCAAUACGAUGCUGCCUCUGUAGACCGCUUGGUGCGUAUUGUGGUACGUAUGGCUGAAGCAGGACAAGACGUAUGCGAGGCGAUUGAGGAAGAGGAGCUCUUGGAGCCCAUUGUGCAUUGGGGAGUGGCGAAUACACAAUGGCCCAUGACAGAAGAUGCUGCUGCUCAUUCAAACUACCCAAGUUUAGCAGCUGUGCGCCUCCUGACUGUGUUGGCUCAGGGGAGUAAACAAAUUGCGGAAAGUAUUGUUGAAAAGGCAACGAUCACGUUGCGAUUCUUGGUUACUUCGCCAGACACUGCUUGUAACAACUUGAAACGAAGAGCAUAUGCACUUCAGCUUGAAACACUAAAGCUCGUUCGUGUGCUGGCCUGUUACGGAUUCAUCGUUCCGACUUUGGAAGACUUACAAGGGCCUUUGAUGGGCUGGUUGCGCUCUGUGCUUGGCGAUGAUGCCAGCGACAUGAACUGUACUAUUGCAUCGACAGCAAUUGGACUAUUGGAAGUGCUCUUGUAUGCUGCUGCAGACCCACACAAGACGGUGCCAGCACAUGCCAUUGACUGGCAUCAACCGACUGCCUACUUGCCUGCUAUUACGGCUGUAGUGCGAUCGAGUCGAGACAGACACCAAUCUUUGUAUGAAUCUGCUUUGGGCUACUUGGGUACUUGGGCCUCACACAUUGCGUUAUUUCCACCCGAGUUGGAGACCGUCCGUCAAGUUUGGAAGGCAGUGAUUCAGGAGGAUAAUAACUUUCAAUCUGGUAAUUCCGUUGCAUUAGGUUACACAACAUCCAUGCACCAUGUUCUUCGCUACCUUCAGUUCAUUGCUGCUUUUACACGACUGGAUGCCCAGCACGCAUUGUACAGCGACAUGGUGCGAGAUGCAAAAUGCAGACUUAGAUCUGCACAGGUGGUUCAUUUGUUGAAGGAAUGUUAUGCGAAGGAUAUGCUCGGCCGGUAUGCUUUAUACAUCUGGUUAGAUCAGUGCAAGGAACGAGAGAAAUGCUGGGGAAUGAGCCUGAGGUUAGCGGAACUGGAGGCUGGCAUCCGUAGUAAGCACAUUGGCACCAGCGAAACGUGGUUGGCGCAGGAGUUACUGCAUCUUUGUCUAUCAUCAAAGCAGCAGCAGCAAGCAUUGGGCGAUUUGGAACCCUUCUACCUCGACUUUGACCAGCAGCAUGUAAACAUCUCCAAAGCUCUGUUUGACCAUGACGGCAGAUCCAUCAAGACCCUCAUGUACACGAGCCAGGGCGAAUCAGAGUCAAAUUCAUUGGAAACCACUGCAUUCAUCCUGUCGCCUAUAGAUGCACUGUAUCACUUGGACAAAUCCAAGGUGGCACAACAGUGUCGAGCUGAUGCAGCAAGCAUUGUGUCCAGUACCAUUGGAUUGGCCAACAAGCUGUUCUACACCAGUGACAUCAACCAUGAUGUAGCCGUUAUCACACUGAUGAAGAUCUUUUUGAUUGGUGACAGAGAAGGCAAGCAAGCAGAUAUGACGAGCGAACGAGAGGUUUUUAGGGAUGACCGAGUAUCGCAGGACAUGGAUCAAUGGCUGAACUAUCUGUGUCGAACAAAGACCAAUCUGGCAGCACUGGAGAAUGCAUGGCGGAGGUCGUCGGAACAUAUCCGACAAGCUCAGGUACCUUUCUUUCAGUUUUAUCAAGGCUUUGUUGCUCAGUAUGCAGCCGUAUCGUUUGGCCAUCACGGGUUUGCGCGCCUUUUGGUCUAUCUUGUGACUCAAAUCGAUACUAUUGACUAUCGUCACUUGGUGUUGAGUGAUUACAGAGACAUACUUGCUACAUUGAAAGUUGGCGUAAAUCAAGUUCCACAACUUACAUUUGCUGAAAAACAAGAGCUUGAUAAUGCAGGAUUAAGACUGUUGGAUUCAUUGUAA